AAAUAUGAUCUUUUGCUUCUUAUCUAUAUAAAAAAAAACACCCCUGGUGUUGCCUUGGCAGCCACUUGUAAUCUGUACCACCUGGCCUACAGCCAGUAAUCAUUUCAGUGUCUUAGCAUGCCCUUAAGACCGCUGUACAGCUUCCACAAUGAGGUCUUAUUUAUGUUAAUGGCAUUCUGCUUGCUCACACUGGAACUAUGCAGCAGGCUUUCAGGGACAUGGCGCCACACAGCUCCAACCAAUCAGACGGGGGAUGCAAAUGAGGCUGGCUCCUUCCUCCCUGCUGCAGCACCAAGCUGCUCUUGCUGGAUUUUAAGACUGUCUUAAAACAAAAGGCAGGCAGGCAGGAAGCAUGGCAGACAGCAUGGCAGACGAGGAGGGCUCUCCCGUGAAAGAGAGGCAGCGCAAACCCAAAUUCACCCCGGAUCAGAUCCAGCUGCUCAGACAGGACGUGCUGGCCCACGCCUCCAAGCUGUACGGGAAAAACAUCAGCCCGGUCCCAGAGAGGAAGAGGGUCUGGCAGGAGAUCACCAGGCACAUCAACGAACACAGCAAGACCAAGAGGAGCGUGAUCGAGGUGCAGAAGAGGUGGCAGGACGAGAGGAGAGGGAUCAAGAAGAGAGCGCAGGACCUCUGGAGGGUCCUCCUGGAGACAGGCCAGUCCCUGGGGGGGCUGACACCGCAGGAAGAGGCCAUCCUGGGCACUCUGGAUGAGGGGGCUCUGGGGGACUUGGGAGGACCCGGCCUAUCCCACUCUGCACUGAAGGAGCAGGCUGCUCCAGAGGACUAUGUGUGUGUGCGACUGGGCGAAAUGAAACAAGAGCCCAGUGAAUCAGGGGCAUCCACUCCCAACAGGAGUGCGGGGGACUGGAAAUGUGAAUGGAGCAGCGAGGAGAACCACCCAGAGCUGCCCUCCAGCCACCCGGAGCUCAACAGAGACCCCGCAGAGCUGCCCUCCAGACACCCGGAGCUCUACAGAGACCCUGCAGAGCUGCCCUCCAGACACCCGGAGCUCUAUAGAGACCCUGCAGAGCUGCCCUCCAGACACCCGGAGCUCUACAGAGACCCUGCAGAGCUGCCCUCCAGACACCCGGAGCUCAACAGAGACCCCGCAGAGCUCCCCUCCAGACACCCGGGCACGUCUGGGAAGACAGCACUGAAGCCCGAGGCGCCAUACAAGAUCCAUCCAGAGGCAGAAGAAGAAGCUACAGCCAGCUGGGGAAACCCCCCACUGCCACACAGCACUGGCAGCGUGCAGAGGAGGAGGAGGAGGAGGAGGGUGAGGAGGCACGGGACUGUCGCACAGCGCAGCAUGGCCACAUCCCUCAGGAGAAUGGCAACCAACUCAGAAUCCAUAAGAAGGGAACUGCGCUCCCUUUCUGCCAGUGUGGGGGCCAUUAGCAGAGAGAUUGCAUCCCUGGCCGGUGCUGUAACCUCCAUGGGCUCUACCAUUGCCUCCGCCCUACAGAACAUACAGGUCGUCCAUGCAGGUUCCUCCUCCCAGGGGCGGGGUUUAUCCCCUGGCCAAUCGGGCAGCUCAGAUCCCGGCCACGCCUCCCAGAACAGUCCUCACAGUCAUGAUGCAGCCAACACACCAUGACAUCACAACUAGGGUUAUCAUUCGAUUCCUUAAGGACCAGGGGUCUUGUUUUAUAAAGCGUGGAAGCUGUCCUUGAAAGUAAAUGACUGGCUGCAGUAGUAAAGUGGUAGAAUGUUUUGUAUGAUUCUGGUCAGUUAUUACCUCCGAGACUAGGUUCAGAAGUUCAGAAGGUCUUCUAUCUAAAGCAACUCAAUGGCUAUUGCGAGAGUGAAACAGAAACUCAUUUCAGACAGAUUUACUUUUUUCAGUGGAAAAGGCAUGCUUUUGAAAAGUUUGUCACUGGUGCUUUUGUUUUUUGUUCUAAAGAUGCAUUUUUUAUUUUUGUACUUUCUGUGAUUGAAACUUUUCUUAAAUGUUAGGAUUUAUUAAACAAUAUAUAUAUAUAAAAUAUUUUUUUUUUUAUCAUUUUUGUUUUAGAAACUAUUUUGUUCUCCUAACACCUACAAUAACACACAAACAGCGUGGUGAUAAAGAUGAGUGCAGAGUAAAGCGAAGGCUGCCUUUUCAAACCCAGUGAUCUGCAUGCUCUUCCUGUCCUUGCCCUUUCUGAUGAGCUGGAGGUCCAGCUGUCACCCGUCCUCUGCUGGAGGGCAGCUGAUCAGGGCACAAUGAAAAGGUUGCCUUUAGCUGCGAUGUGAUGGUCCCAUUCCUGGAAGUAACUGCAUUGGAGAGGAGUGACGCCUCUCUGACUCACGGUGCUGUGCUGGUUUGCAGGGGGAUCAUAUCAGACACCUGCAGCUCCAGUCCAGGGCUCCUGAGACGUACGAAAGCUUAAUCAUCUUUAAAUGUGGUGCAGCUUCUAUUAACCCCACCGUCUUCCAAAGGAAUGACUGCUUAGGAAAGCUGAAGCAUCCCAUAAUUAUGCAAUUAAAUACUCAUUUACGCCUUACAUUCAUCUAUAAUUAAUGCCACUGCGCACAGGAAAGCACACAGUUCAUGUAACAGCUCGGUUUGUCUGCAUCGUAUUUUUGUCUUGUUACUGAAGCUAUAAAAAUAGUUUCUCUUGAGACGGAAAUAUUUUGUUCUCCUAAACCUACAAUACACAAACACAAUGGGGAGAAAAAUGACUGAACCCAGGAUGGAGUGUAUGAUGAUUUCACUGUGUGUCGUGCAUGUGAUUUCACUGUGUAUGUGAUUUCACUGUGUAGCGUAUGAGAUUUCAUUGUGUAGUGUAUUGUCAGUUUGAAUUACGUCCCUAAUGGUGCCCCAGUCUUACCCGUGAUUUCAAAAGCUGUAGCUGCACAUGCCCCCCCUCCCAUCCUGACAAAUGAAGUGUGGUUGCAUUGAAAAUGAAAGCUGUUCUGGUAAGAGCAGGGCGUGCUUGUUCAGGUGAUGAUAGAUCGAGGUUUCACUGUCUCUUCUGGGUCUGCUCUCUGUCACUCACAAUGAGCGGAUAUCCUGUCGUGUUACAAUGAAUCAAGCCUGCUCUACCAAUUAACAGCUGUGUUACAAUAGCCGACUUAUUGUUUAGUUUUUCCUGCUUCCAAAAGAGCUGCCAAACUUCCCUGAUUUAAUUAGGAGUUGCAACAGCUUAGCCCAAAUCCCUGAUCUGGCUGCCUCUCCAUUAGUAUUACUGGAGCAGUCUGCUUCCUUCUCUGGGUGGAGGGAGAGCACUGCUGUGUGCGGAGGCUUCAUUUACUUUAAAAAGCCUGCCUGCUUCGAAAAGCAGAUGUCCUUCCUCUAUGGGUAGUGCACUGUGUCUCCUCUCCUCUAUGGGUAAUGCACCGUGUCCCCUCUCUAACUGUCCCCUCCUCUACGGGUAGUGCACUGUCCCCUGCUCUAUGGGUAGUUCACUGUGUCUCCUCUCUAACUGUCCCCUCCUCUAUGGGUAGUGCACUGUCUCCUCUUUUAACUGUCCCCUCCUCCAUGGGUAAUGCACUGUGUCUCCUCUCCUCUAUGGGUAAUGCACUGUGUCUCCUCU